UCCCCGGUAACAGGAGCACAGAGUGCUGGAAGGUUUAAAAUAGAUGUCAUAUGUUACCAAUUAUAGCUCAGUGAAAUUUUGCAGUCCUAGGAACUUAUACAGAAUAAGCCAAAAUGGAAGAUGGUCCUGUUUUCUAUGGCUUUAAAAACAUCUUUAUUACAAUGUUUGCUACCUUUUUUUUCUUCAAGCUUUUAAUUAAAGUUUUUUUGGCUCUCCUAACCCAUUUCUAUAUCGUCAAAGGAAAUAGAAAAGAAGCGGCUAGGAUAGCAGAAGAAAUCUAUGGUGGAGUUUCAGACUGCUGGGCUGAUCGAUCCCCACUUCACGAAGCUGCGGCCCAGGGGCGCUUACUGGCCCUUAAAACUUUAAUUGCACAAGGUGUCAAUGUGAACCUCGUGACAAUUAAUCGGGUCUCUUCUCUCCACGAGGCGUGCCUUGGAGGUCACGUGGCCUGUGCUAAAGCCUUAUUGGAAAAUGGCGCCCACGUCAAUGGAGUGACGGUGCAUGGAGCCACACCGCUCUUCAAUGCCUGCUGCAGUGGCAGUGCCGCGUGUGUCAACAUGCUACUGGAGUUUGGAGCCAAGGCCCAGCUGGAGGCACACCUGGCUUCACCCAUCCAUGAGGCAGCAAAGAGAGGACAUAGAGAGUGUAUGGAUAUUCUGCUGGCAAGUAACGUUAACAUCGACCAAGAAGUGCCUCAGCUCGGAACUCCCCUGUAUGUGGCCUGCACCUACCAGAGGGUAGACUGUGUGAAGAAACUUCUAGAAUUAGGAGCCAGUGUGGACCACGGCCAGUGGCUGGACACCCCGCUCCACGCCGCAGCCAGGCAGGCCAGUGCGGAGGUCAUCCACCUACUGGCGGACUAUGGAGCCAGCCUCACGUGCAGGAACGCCCAGGGCAAAAGUGCCCUGGAGCUGGCAGCUCCUAAAAGCAGCAUGGAGCAGGUGCUCCUGCUCCGGGAAGGCCCACCUUCCCUUUCCCAGCUCUGCCGCCUGUGUGUCCGGAAGCGCUUGGGUCGAGCCUGCCAUCAGGCCAUCCACGAGCUACAUCUGCCAGAGCCACUCGAAAGAUUCCUCCUAUACCAAUAGGCCCACCUGCCCAUGGGAAGACCCUUGGAAAGAAACGGGCAGUUGCUUGCUGUACCCGGGGCUCCCAGAGCAGACCCCCAACAGCUAGCCUCUCUGCAUCAUCAGGUCAGCUUAGCCAGUUAAAGUCAGUCUCCGAUGAACCGGAACACUUGGGGAGUGGAAACUCCUGUUUAGUUUCAUGUUCUCAUUAACCAAGGGGCAACCAGAAACCCUUUCGUUUUUAGCUCUUGUUAAGAAACUUAAAAAAAAACUGUCAAGUAGACUGAAACUAAUAGGCUAUUUUUUGAUGGCUCAUGAUAUUCAAGUACGUUAAGCAUCAGCAUUCUGCAUAUUGUGUAGACACGUAAAUCCAAGUGGAGAUGAUGAUGAAUGUUAUGUAUUCUAAGAAGUGUUCCUGACUUCUUCCAGUUCCUUCCUCCCUCCCCCUUUCUUCUUUCUUUCCUUCUUUCUUGGAAUAAAUCUCUGCUGUAAUUUGAUUUCCCUGUCUUUUUUUUCCUUAAAUAUAAAAACAACACAGUUAAUGGAAGUUUCCAGUUAUAGAAGUGCUGGUUGAUAAGAGUGAUGUUGGCAAAAAUUAUGUCACACAAAUAAGAGGGUCUGUUUUUCAUCGCUUCUGAUAUUAAAUGCUGGUCUCUGAAGAAAGCAGUUCGAGGAUGGCGCAUCACCAGAAGCCACCACCUACCAGAGCCUACAGGUGCUGUCUGAUGGAUGCACGUCGCAACCCAAGC